AUGAAGAAUGUAUACGAGAGAAAAGAUAUAUCCAGCAAGGAUUCAAUGCACAAAAGGCUUUUAAAAACAGGAAGGAAGGAAGAAUACAUUUUGCAAAAUGGAAAAACAGUUGAUAUUGAAAAAUACAAAGAAACGCUAAAAGAUUAUAAAAAUCUAGAGGAUAACCAAAUUCAAAGAAAAAAGAAUCCAGAAAACAAACUAAAACUCAAGAUAAGAUAA